UUGUCAAUGUCAACUUGCAGUAGUAGGUACCAACAUUUUGCGUAAUGUUUACAAAAAUAUAUCCUUUAAAGUCCUAAACUAACUUAAUAGAAGAGAUGGGGACCUCCGCCUAAAGCCAAGAUAAACGUUUUUCAAAUAAUUUUAAAAACAGUUAUGAAAUUCUGUGAAAUUCAUUAGUUAACCCCCAACCAUGUCAGAAGUUAAAAAAGUUCUAAAAGAAGGAGCCAUCCAAAUUGGAUCAGGUGGUUCUGCCGGCUUUGUUGAGGUAUGCAUUAUGCAUCCAUUAGAUUUGGUUAAAACCAGGUUGCAAAUACAGCAGGGUAAAAGCUUUUUAAAAAGUGACCCAAAACACUAUACUGGAGUCUUUGAUUGUUUGCAGAAAAUGUACAAACAGGAAGGUAUAACAUCAUAUUGGAAAGGAAUCAUACCACCUAUUCUAGCAGAAACCCCUAAACGUGCUGUUAAAUUUUUCACAUUUGAACAGUAUAAACAAUUUUUUUUGUUUGGAUCACCAACACCUACUCCAUUGACAUUUGCUCUUGCUGGUUUUGGUGCUGGAGUAACAGAGGGUAUUUUGGUAAACCCCUUUGAAGUAGUUAAAGUUACACUUCAGUCUAACAGGGGAAUAGGAAAAGAUAGACCUAGUACAUGGUUAGUUACCAAAGAUAUAUUUUCUAAAUAUGGCUUUGGCUCCCAAGGUCUUUUUAAAGGAGUCAGCGCCACAGUGUGGAGAAAUGGAAUCUUUAAUAUGGUAUAUUUUGGGUUUUACCAUUCUGUUAAAGGGUGGUCACCAGAGUCUAAGGAUCCCUUAUUGGAGUUUCUAAGAAAAGUAUCUAUUGGAUUUACAUCUGGAGUUUUAGGGUCAUGUUUCAAUAUACCGUUCGAUGUUGCCAAAUCUCGAAUACAAGGACCUCAACCAGUCCCCAAUCAAAUUAAAUACAGAACUACAUUUAGCAGUAUAGCAGUAAUUUAUAAAGAGGAAGGGUUUUUGGCCCUGUAUAAAGGGCUUUUGCCAAAAGUUAUGAGACUGGGUCCAGGUGGUGCCAUUAUGUUGGUAGUUUAUGAUUAUAUGCACGAGUUUUUAACUGCAGAGUUUAAAUGAUUAUAAGAUUUUUUUUGCAUUUCUAUGUCAUAGAAUUGUUUUUUUUUCUAAAGUUUGUAUAUACGAAAUAUUUAAUGUCUUUUAAAUGUUGACUAAAUUUAAAAUAAAGAUUAGGUACAUUUAUUCUUUUCAUAAGACAA